AUGGAACCCCAGAAGCUGCUGAGCCUUGGAUUUCUGCUGUGCUCUCUGACUUGCCUCUUGUUGGAGGUGGUAGCCUCCUCUCCUUCACGUUUAUCUGCUUUGAGUAUACAAGAGAAAGCAGGAUCGAAGCCACACUCAAGGGAUGACUAUAGGGCCUGGCCGAGCAACUUCAGGGAUUACUUGUGGGAUCUCAUCAAGAGCUCUAUACCUCCAGCAGCCAUUUUUGCUUUUCUUAUCUCCACAGCACUAAUGGGGACCCUCUGCUGCCUCACGUAA